CUAAAUAAAUCUCCAACUCAUGAUGCUUUCUUCUUUACUCUUCACUCUUCACUCUUCACUCUUCACUAAAAAAAAUCAAACACAAAGGUAGCCAUGGAAACACCAACACCCCGGGCUUUGAAAAUAUAUUUCCUCCCAUUCUUCGCACAGGGGCACCUAAUCCCCCUAGUCCAGCUUGCACGCUUGGUGGCGUCACGUGGCCAGCAUGUGACCAUCAUCACCACCCCCUCCAACGCCCAACUCUUCGACAAAACCCUCGACGACGACGCCGCCGCCGGACACCGCGUCCGCGUCCUCCUGAUUGACUUCCCCGCCGCCCAGGUCGGCCUCCCCGCCGGCGUGGAGAAUCUCGUGGCCGCCUCCGACAACGACACCGCCUUCAAGAUAAGCAUGGCGGCGCACCUCAUCAAACCCCAAGUGGAGUCCCUCAUGAAGCAAUCCCCUCCCGAUGUGUUCAUCCCCGACAUCAUGUUCACCUGGUCCAAACACUCCGCAAACACUCUCAGCGUCCCGAGACUCGUCUUCAACCCCAUUUCAAUCUUCGACGUCUGCAUGAUCCACGCCAUUAAGGAAAACCCUCAAGCCUUUCAUUCUCACUCUGGACCCUAUCACAUCCCGGGUCUACCACACGCUCUUACCUUGCCGAUAAAACCCUCACCUGGUUUUGCUGUUUUGACUGAAGCUUUGUUGGACGCUGAAGAAGAAAGCCAUGGAGUCAUCGUAAACAGCUUUGCGGAACUCGACGUGGAGUAUACCAAACACUACGAGAAUCUCACCGGGAGAAAAGUGUGGCAUGUUGGACCUAGUUCCCUCAUGGUGCAGAAAACAGUGCCUAGUGUUAAAGGAGAUGAACACGAAUGCCUGACAUGGCUCAACUCAAAGGAAAAUGAUUCGGUCGUUUACAUUUGUUUCGGGAGUUUGUCUCUUAUUUCGGAUAAGCAGCUUUAUGAAAUAGCCAUUGGACUUGAAGCGUCAGGGCAUCAGUUUCUCUGGGUGGUUCAUCGGAAAAACAAAGACGAAGGCAACGAAGAAGAAACAUGGUUGCCGAAAGGGUUUGAGGAGAGGAUGAGGGAGAAAAAGAGAGGGAUGCUGAUAAAGGGGUGGGCCCCACAGCCGUUGAUUUUGAACCACGGUGCUGUUGGAGGGUUUGUGACGCACUGUGGGUGGAACUCGGUGGCGGAGGCUAUCAGUGCUGGGGUUCCGAUGAUAACCAUGCCGGGGUUUGGUGACCAGUACUAUAAUGAGAAGCUGAUAACGGAGGUGCAUGGGUUUGGGGUGGAGGUGGGCGCAGCGGAGUGGAGCCUGUCGCCGUACGAGAGUAAGAAGAGUGUGGUGAGUGGGGAGAGGAUAGAGAAGGCUGUGAGGAGGCUGAUGGAUGGUGGAGAAGGUGAGGGGAUUAGGAAGAAAGCGAAGGAGAUGAAGCACAAGGCUUGGAAAGCUGUUAAUGAAGGUGGAUCUUCUCACAAUAGUCUCUUGGAUUUGAUACAACAUCUUAAGAGCUUUGUGCCUAGCCUAGAAAGGGUAGCUAAUAACUAGUUAAAUACCUUCAAUUUUCCUACUCUUCGUGCAACAAUCAAUGAUAAUAAGGGAUUUUCCACCAAAUUAAAUUAAAAGAAGUACUACAAAUUAAAAAUUAAAAAAACUAUUUAUCAAAGUAAAUAGUUUCUACCAAGCUGGCAUGCAUGGAGUAAGUGGAGCGGGGGGUGGUGCGCAAUCAGGCACGGCACGGAUGGAGCAGAUGGAGCAGGGGGUGUAUGCAAACUGAUCUGGCACGGAUGGAGUAAGGGGUUUGUGCGCAAUUUGUUCUAGCACGGUUGUCCCCCUCCGCAUGAUGAGCAUGAUCCAAUGCGGAGACCACACAGAUGAAGUUUUUUGUUUAGAUGAAGUUUUUUUUUUUUUUUUUGUUUUUUAUGUAUUUUACUUAACAACAUGUAAUAUUUUUGUUAUUGAAGAAUAAAAUUAUAAAUGUUCAAUUUUA